ACGCACCUGAAACGCAGUCACUCUCCAACUGAUGUGCAUUUGCUGCUUGACUUGAAUGGCCAUGUUUCACUGCAUUGACGCAUCGGCAACGCUGAUGUGCCUGGUGUAUUACCGGUCUUAGAUUGUCCAUUUUGUUGUUAGAUCCAGUGUGCCUCUGUCAGACUCUUCAAUGGCUAUCGACUGGAUUGGAUAUGGCUAUGCUGCGACAAUCUUGCUAGGAGGAUUUAUGGGAUACAAGAAAAAAGGCAGUGUCAUGUCUCUGAUGGCCGGUUUGGUCUUUGGUGGACUGUCUGCUUAUGGCGCCUAUAACAUCUCCAAUAAGCCCACUGACAUCAAGGUGUUAUUAUUUGCAUCCGGGCUCCUUUCUGUGGUGAUGGGGUCCAGGUACAAGAAUUCAGGCAAACUCGUGCCAGCUGGAAUUAUGACAGUUCUAAGUUUAUUGAUGGUGUUCCGACUUUUGCUCCUGAUGAUGUGACAGAAGAAGGGACGCGGGCAAGAAUUCCGACACAAAACAUGAUUCCAAGUUUGAUAUUGCAAACGUCAAUCAAAUGUGUUUACAUUAGGAGGUGGAAGCAUUAUAAUUCUGUAUAUAAUGCAAUUCCAAAAACAAAUAAAACCUCAGAUUUAAAGGCAAAAGUAAGUCAUUCUUUU